AUGGACAUGUCCAAGGCAUUCGACAAAGUUCACCAUAAAUAUCUGAUAAGCAAAUUAAGGAACGUCUAUGGCAUCUCUGGUAAACUCCUUCGCUGGUUUGAGUCAUAUCUGAUAAAUCGCAAGCAACGUGUGACUGUGCUAGGAGCUACAUCCUCCGCGAGACCUGUCCUGUCAGGAGUUCCACAGGGUUCAAUAUUAGGUCCCAUACUGUUUCUGCUGUACGCGAACGACCUGCCGGAUGCAGUAGAGCACUCCAAGAUCGCCUCCUUCGCCGAUGACACGAAACUAUUUAAGAAA